AUAAUAAUAAUAAUAAUAAUAAUGUAAGGCUGGGAAGUGGGGAUAUGAAGCUGGAAAAGAAACUUCCAAAUUUACAGAGAAGGUAUUUCUGUAUCACGAGACCUUUGCUUUAGUUUCUGCACCGCUCUGCUUUUGUUUCUGCUUUGUGAGCUCUUAAAUACAUAUUGUGAGAGACGGCAAGAGGAACUGACAUGAGGCUGGCCUCGCCCACUACCGCAUCUUCUUCAUUCUGGAUUAUCGCCGCCGCCGCCGCCACAAGGCCAAGUUCAUCUCUUCACCGUGGUCUUCACUUCCUUUCAACUUCUUCUUCUCCUCUGCUUCCUUCUUUUAGAAGAUGCAAUUUGGAUUCUCAGAGAUCAUCUAUAGGGAAAGUUGAAGAAGACAUAAAUGAUGAGGCAUGUGAGUUAGUCAAUGGAGUGGAAUUGUCAAUAGGCAAGGGUGCUGAUACCAUCAGUGCUUAUCUCUUCAAGGCAGUGAAAAAUAACAAUGGAACUGGCAUACUGCUCUUGUCUGAUGUUUUUGGGUUUGAAGAUUCAUCUACAAGAGACUUUGCAUAUCGUGUUGCCUGUAAUGGCUACAAUGUUCUUGUUCCUGACUUAUUUCGUGGAGACCCGUGGGCAAAAGACCUGCCAAAGACUAAGUUUGAACAGUGGAUAGCAAAACAAGAACCGCAGAGGGUUGCAAAGGACAUCACCACAGCAACAAAAUGGAUGGCUGAUGAAUUUUUAGCUGCAGGAAUUUCAAAGAAGCUGGGCAUAAUUGGGUUUUGCUUUGGAGGAGGCCAAGUGAUAGAGGCGCUAUCGAGAGACCAAGGAGCUUGUUUUGGCAUAGCGGUCUCCUUUUAUGGUACAAGGAUGCUUCCAUCAGUAGCUUCCAAUGUAAAAGUUCCCGUAUUUUUUAUUUCAGGGGACAACGAUCCGCUAUGCUCAGUCAAUGUCUUGAAAGAUAUCGAGAAGAGCAUGUGUCAGGGGUCAAGGGUAGUCGUCUUCCAGGGAAGAGGUCAUGGCUUUGCCCAUCGUCCUAACUCCCCUGAAGAAGAUAGAGAUGCAGAGCAGGCUUUUGUUCUCAUGAGAAAUUGGCUAUAUGAUGGUUUGGUCUUACAAUGAGUGCAGGCUGUAUGAAGUUUUUGUAUAUUAAUUGUGCCUGUAAAGUUUGUUGCCUCUGUUGUUUAUGAAUAGGGUGAAAUUUUUAAGGAGACUGAUAUUCCAUCAUUGGAUUUCAGUGCUGCAGAUAAUUUCUUUGCAUCAA